AUGUGCAUUGUAUUGACUACAGAGAAAGUGAAGAAGAAGACUGAGUUUAUUGCGAAGAAUUGGCCACUAAAGCCCGUGGUUUCAGUUCCUGCGGUACUUGGAUUAAGCAUGGAGAAGAGGAUUGUACCAAGGUGUAACGUAAUCAAAGCUCUCAUGUCCAAAGGAUUGCUCGGAACUGAACUCCCUUCAAUGUCGUCUGUUUUGGUACGUACGGAUGAGGUGUUUUUAAACAAGUUUGUGAGGAAGCACGACGACAAGGAGCUUGUGGAUGAGUUGAUGGCUAUAUUCACACGGAAAGAAGAGAAAAACAGAUAA